AUGGGUCGUAUGCACGGUACUCUCGCUAAGGCCGGUAAGGUCAGAAAAUAAACCCCCAAGGUUGAAAAGAAGGACAAGCCCAGAAAGACUCCUAAGGGUAGAUCUUACAAGAGAAUCCUCUACAACAGAAGAUAUGCUCCUCACAUCUUGGCCACUGAUCCCAAGAAGAGAAAGUCUCCCAACUGGCACGCUGGUAAGAAGGAAAAGAUGGACGCUGCUGCCAAUCCCGUCAAGAAGGAUUGA